GCGGACGUCCUUCCAGUGUCUGUGUAAGACACAUGAAACAUGGCUGCGCUCUUGAGAUCAGCACGGUUACUUAAGUUCUCGCCUUCAGGCUUGCUUCAGGUCGCAGGGACCAAAAGAAGCGGACCGCCGCUCGGUCGGCUGUACAGCGGAGCUCCCUACGGCAGCCGGACCGGACUCUUCACCCGACACAUCGGCCCUGCGCCACAAAAUGCGUUCAGUCGUGUGUUACCAUAUGCCGUGGGGUGUGUGCGUAACUGUGCUGUGGCCAAAGAGCAGCAUUAUGACGUCAGCAUGUCGGUGCAGUCCAAGCAGGCACAGGAUUUUGAGAGCGCUCUGUCCAAGCUGGACAACUCUGUGAGGAGAACCGGUCGCAUAACCAAGACCCUGCUCCUCAAAGUUUUCAAAGAUAUCUGCAGAACAGAUCAUCCCAGUGCUAGCCAGGCCUUGUUGCUGUUGCGUAGCUGUGGGUCCCUGCUGCCGGAGUUGCCCCAGGCUGAGCGCACUGAGCUGGCACACAGUAUAUGGGAAAAGCUGCAGAAGUUGGGUGCAACGUAUGAUAUUAGUCACUACAACGCCUUGCUGAAGGUUUACCUGCAAAAUGAGUUCAAGUUCUCCCCCUUUGACUUCCUGGCCAAGAUGGAAGAAGCUGACGUUAAGCCCAACAGAGUUACCUACCAGAGACUAAUAGCAGCCUACUGCCAAUAUGGAGAUAUUGAUGGAGCCAGCACCAUUUUGGGUGUCAUGAAGAACAAAGAUUUACCCAUCACCGAGGCUGUUUUCAGCUCCCUGAUUAUGGGCCACACUCGUGCAGGGGACAUUAACAGUGCUAAGAACAUCCUAAAUGUGAUGAAUGAAACAGGAAUCUCACCUAGUCCUGAUACUUAUGUAUCACUGCUUAACGCCUACGCUGAGACGGGAGAUCUGACAAGUCUGAAAGAGACUCUGGAGAAAACACACACUCUGAUGGACAGGGACAUCCUGCAGAUCAUCUUCACUCUGGCCAAGGCUGGACACCAUCAGUUUGUCCCAGAGAUGAUUAAAUGCUUGAAGCUUGAGAGGGGUUAUAUUCCAGAUGCCAUGAACGUGUGUCUGAACCUCACCACCCAGGGCAUGGACAACGUAGCCUUUAGCAUCCUGGAGACUUUCCACACAAUGCAGUUAAAUAACUACGACUCCAGCCAACCCAGCUGUGGCAACUUCUUUAUCAGGCACUGUGUCAACAUUGACAUGCCAUUGGAGAAGCUGGCCCACUACUGCAAAUUGCUCCAGGAGUCGCAUAUGCAUGAUACACCAUUAAACUUCGCUCUUUCCUGUGUGCUGGAAAACAAGAAGACUGGUAUGGCUAUAGAGCUGAUGAAGAUAAUGAAGAAGCAAGACUUACCCAUAAGGCCUCACUACUUUUGGCCCCUACUCACUCAGCAUAUGAAAGAUGCGAACACAGCUGGUGUGGAGGAGGUGUUGAGGGGCAUGCACAAGCUCGGGUUGGACGCUGAUAUCCAGACUCUAAACAGCUACAUCCUCCCUGUCUUCCCCAGCGUAGAAGACGCUCAAGAGGCCCUCAAGACUGUAGGUAUGAAUGUGAAUAAGGAAAUCUUCUGGGCAUCCAAGAUUGGAAAACUGGCUGAACAGAACCUGGCUGAAGUCUACACCAUGAUGUCGGAUCCCUCCAUCACCUCGUUUGACUGGACUAUUUUCCGCCGCAGUCUCAUCAAGGCCUUCAAGAAGUUUCAGGACAUCGAGAGCAUGGUGAAGAUUACUGCACUCAUGUGCAACGACACACGCUUCCAGAAAAGCAACUUCAGAACUACUGAAGAGGCAUCCUUCAUUUUGUACAAUCUGCUCGACAGCAUGUCAGAGAAGGACAUUCAUGCAAAGGAAGAGCAACUGAAGAGGUACUUCAGUCAACUACAAUCUGAGAACGUCAUCCUUACAGCUAACCUCCACAGAGGCAUAAUGAACCUUCUGGAGUCCUACAACAUCCCAGAGCUCAUCAAGGUGGUGGCUCCUUUGCAUAGCGGCCACACAGGAUUCCAUAGUGAUAAAAAGAUGUUGGCACUUAAAACCAGAAUUUCCGAACUGAAAGCAGCGGACCAACCAAUUGACAGUGUUCUCAAACAAAUGAUCAAUACUUACAUUGAGCAGGAGAAACCGCAGGCCGCCCUAAACCUGAUGCAGGAGCACAAGAACGAGGUCACAACCAGCCUCUACAUAAGCCUAAUCAGAAUGUGCUGUCGGUACAACUAUGUGGAUCAGGUGCUCACACUGAAGAAGGAAAUGAGUCUUAAGGACCCAACAGAAACGCUGGAUUUCAGUAGAUAUCUCGAACUGGUCAGGCUCCUCACAAAGAAUGACAGGAUGGAGGAAGCGUUGGAAAUGCUGAAGGAGAUGAAAGAGAAGGAUCUGACAGAACAUGAGAUGCACAACACCUCGUUCUUUCACAUAAUCAACAGCAUCGCGAUGAAGGGCGACGUGUCCAAAGUCCAACAGCUGCAGGACACCAUCUUCACCCUCGGACUGGCUAAGCCCUCCAUCAGUCUGUGCUCACCUCUGAUUACUGUCCACCUGGAGAGGAAGGACCUGGCCGGAGCUUUGGAGGCGAUGGAGACGAUUCACAAGCGCUUUGGCUUCCUGCCCCGCAUGCAAGAUAUCAUUAUUAAUCUGGUGGAGAUGGGAAACACCGAUCUACUGCAGAAAGCUUUGGACUUUCAGUCUCAGAGGCAAGGAGAGAUGACCAUGCUGUAUACUCUGUUCUUUGCAUUCCUGCAGACCGGGCACUACUAUGAGGCUCGUAAGGUCAUUGAGACACCUGGGCUGAGGGCACGGCCUGCACGCCUGCAGUGGUAUGCAGAGAAAUGCAUUUCCUCCAAGCAGAUGAAGCCCUUGGAAGAGAUGGUGGAGAUGACAGUCGAGCUGUUUGAGUGUGACAGAGAUGAGAUGUACAGUUACAUGCUCCGUCUCUGCAAGGAGACAAACAACUGGCAAAAGGCACAAGAGGUGUGGUUGAAGAUGAAGCAAGAGAACAUCACUCCCAAAGAAAGAACCCUGCGUAUCCUGGAAGAGAUCCUGAAGAGCAAUGGCCAGAAGGUGCCUUUUGAGGUCACUGAGACCUGGUACAAAGAAGCUGCUGACCAAGAGGUCAUUCCAGCACCCGCACCUGCAUCUAAUUCUACUGCUGACUAUCGAGCUAAUCUGUUCAACCUCUGUAAAAAAGGCAAAGGCAAAGAAGCCUUUGAGUUGCUGAAGGAUGCCAUUGAAAAAGAUUUGUCAGUACAAGCUCUCCAUUACGACCAAGUGAUCCGUACCCUGUUGGCCAACGGAUUAUUGGAGGAUGCCUUGACAGCCAUAGACACUGCUGUGUUUAAUGUGCCAGGCUUCACCCUGAAGCACAUAGCCAACAAUUUGCUCAUCGUCACAUACAGCAAGCGAGGCAACACUAAAGAGGCCUUUGAGAAACUGAAGUCUAUGCUGAAGAUGAAACAGACACCCUCUUAUCUUGCCAUCACCAGACUGGUUCGGGCCAUGGGAAACCAGGGCGAUCUGGCGGGUAUCCAGGAAGUGCAGUCAUUGUUGAAUGACCCCAAUAUAGCGAAGAUGAUGUUCAUCAACAACAUAGCCAUUGCACACAUCCAGAAUGGCAACGUGGAGUCAGCAGUGGAGUUGUUGGAGGAAGUUUUCACUAAUCCAGAGAACCGAAACGCUGGUACAAGCUUUGUCUUCAAAAAGGUCUUGGAAGAAGACAAUGACAAAGCCUUAGACAAGUUGAGUGCUAUGGCAGAGCGGCUAGCCAACCAUUUUGCCUGCUACAAACCAGCUGCAGACCUCUUCUUCCAGCUGGUGGACAUGGGAAAAGUUGAGGACGCCAAGUUCAUGCUGGCUCGCUUGCCCGCCUUGGCUGAACAGAAGGAGGCGCUGUUGUUCUACGUGAAUCGACAGUCUCAGACUCCUGGACAGUUGGAAAAGAUCAAGACUGCGUUGAGCCUGUUUCCAGACGUUAAGAAGGAAGUGCAGUACCAAUACCUGCUUAAAUGUCAUGCUGUGGAUGGGGACUUCUCUUCGGCCAAGGCUCUGUAUGAGCAGAUUCAGAAGGAGGGGGUAACCAUAGACGAGCUGUCACUCAAACGGCUGGCCCUACUUUACCGCAAUGCAGGAGAGACGGUGCCCUUCACUGAGCCCCCUAAUACCUUUAGGUUUUACUCAGAGAAACUGAAAGCCCAAGCAGGCCAGGAGUAAGGAUUCAUCAGAGCCAAGGAAUAAAGAUUUCUUCUCCUCCUCAACUUUCAUCCAUGGAAAUCCCUGUUUUGUCAUCCUUUACUUUUUAUAUCUGUUGUUCAAGUGGAAUUGUUGGGUAUUGUGUCAUUAAACGUCCUCUGUGCUAUUGAUUAUGUUGAUGAUGAAGACUAUAUUCUGUGUGUACAGAAGUAUUUAUGCUAAUAAAUGAUGUUAGGAAUCCA